AUGCGAACCAUUUUACAUGCAUACAUUCAUUGCUUCAACAACCGGUACGAGCAGAGCGCCAACGAAUGUGGUCGCAGUCUAGAAGACGACUUCAUGAUUACAGAGUGGGAUAAUCCAGCCUCUUCAACUGGAAUUCACGGACGGAAUGGAGACAUUAAUGGAGCAGAUCACUCAAGUGGCUCAGACCACACGCUAAUGCACAAUCGCCAGGCUUCUCAGUACCGGCCAGCUGUAGCGAGUCGUGUUUUCGGCCUCGAGUUGGUUUCAGCCAACUUUAGCCAACAAGUGGCCCCUCGUCUGUGCGUUUAUGACCAUUUCAAAGCCAUAGUGGGCAGUUCCGUUUGCGCGUGUGUGCAUUAUCAUCAUCACAACAUGCGUUAA